UCCUCUUUCCAAUCGGACGGCUGUCGACUGGGGAAGCGGGACCUCUCGUUUUGGGACACUGAGACUCUGGCCCCACAUGUCGGUCUCACAGAUCUCAGCGUCCGGCGCCCUUUUACCCCUUCGUUCCGGCCGAGCUCGCCGUCGCCGCCGUUGUAGGGCGACUUCCGCCGCGGAGCUCCGCUAUAGGGCCUGAGGCAAUCGUUCCCUGCGGCGGCGGGUGAGAUGGAUUCGGGCUCCGGGAAGCCCGAAGAGGUGGCCGCCUACCAGAGCAGCGAGGCCAAGCAGGCGAGGUUGCAGUCCAUGCUCGCCGCGCUCCUCGACGACCCUAUACUCGCGGACGUCCCUAGGAAGCCCUCUCUCGCCGACGUCGACACGCUGAUUAACCUCGAGCUCGGCAGCGCCAUGAGGGUGACCGUUGUCAAGUUGGACAACACCUCCUUCGAUAUCGCAUUGUCGAAUGCUGCCACGGUCAAGGAUCUGAAGUUGGCUAUCAGGAAGAAGAUCAAUGAGAUAGAACAAGAGCAGAUGGGGCAUCGUCAUAUCUCAUGGAAGCAUGUAUGGGAUAACUACUGCUUGACACAUCAUAAUGAGAAGAUGAUAGAUGACAGUUCUACACUUUCUUCUCACGAUGUCCGUAAUAACUCUAAGGUCUGUUUCUCGCCACAUAUCAUGUCCAGAGUGCAUCGGAAGCACUCUAGAAGAAGAAAACACCGCUUCUUCCAUGGACUUAACAAGAAAUUGUGAUCGCAUCUCGUGAGUUUAAAGCUGGAGAGCAACAUCCUUUUCUCAUAGGAAGUAGUGUGGUCACUUCAAACUGUUAGUGUUCGGAAAGUUCUGUCAUUAAACUGGAAGCAUAUCUGAUGGAAGCCCUUUUUGGAACACGUGUAUUCAUGUUUAAGAGCUGAUCUGGUCGUGUAGCUUCUUGUGAUGUGUUAAACUGAUUUUUCAGUACUGUUAUAUAUUUGUUCUAGAGAAGUCUGAGAAAUCAUAAUCGACUCAUGUUUUACUUUA